CUUUCUAUCUUCCAGCUAGUACUGGCGGCACCUUACAUAUUUAUGUCACAACAACCUCCUGUGCUAGCCUUUGCAUUGUCAGGCAAAAUUUGAGCCUUGAGCAGAUUGCCAAAUCCACCUAGCACCUGUACUCUUGUUGCUAUGCGGUCGGGCAGCGGUGGCCCAUGCAGGCACUGCAUGACCACCACCAGCGUCUGCUGGCGUAAGGGGCCGGAAGACAAGCCUGUUUUGUGCAAUGCGUGUGGAGCAAGGUACCUGGUGAAGCGAAGCCUGGAGGGAUACUUCCCACACUCGAGACCGGUGACGAAGAAGGACGGCCCUGGGCACAAGGCUGGGAAGGGAGGGAGGAAGGAGCUGAGCGUGUUCCUGACUGGUCGUCCGAGCUCUGGGCACCUCAAGAGGAACUCCACAGACUCGAAGAGGGGCCGCAAGCCCACCAAGAGCCUGAUCAGACCCAAUUCCAUCUCCCGGAACGGGCGCACGGUCGUGGACCGUGGCACUCAGACAAUGGUGCACCCCCAGCUGUUCCUUCCCAGCGGCCUGACCCUACAUGACGGAGCUGCUCGCAUAUCGGGGCCUCCGAGUCUCUUCACCCUGUCUCCGACCAAGGUCAUCAAGGAGGACGAGUUCAACAGCAUCGCCGUGUCCACGCUGACUCUUCUGCGACACAGUGAGAGCCACAGCGACAGCGCGGAAGACGGGACCUGCACACCGACACCUUCGCAAUCUUUUCGCCGAAACCCUCGCAAGCCUUCUGCAACGAUCAGGGCGCUCUUUUGAUCCCACAGAGCUCCCACGGGUUUGUGUGGGCGAGCGUUGUGGUACUGAAGUAUUCAGCAAUUCUCCAUUUGGGUACCUUGGAUGCGCACCUAUCCUGAUCUAGGCUUCCAAGAUUCUUGAUCGAGGUGCUGUGCCUAUACAUGUUUCCCCAGGACAAGUUUCACUCUGGGAUUCAGGUGCCGCAUGGCAAUGCAGUCAGCUCGUGAAGGGGUCAAUUCAUUGGGUGAGCGGCAUGCUGUAUACUAGAGCUCACAAUAUCUGUACCACUACUUAACCGACAGAUUUGGGCCAGGACAGGCUUGGUUACUUACUGCUGCAG